GCCGCGCCGCCGCACGCACCGCGCCAUGGCCAGCUCCCCCGUGUCUCGCGUCGUUUACAACGGCAAGCGGAGCGGCGGCCCGCGCUCCCCCGGCGCCGGCAGCGAGAUCUUCACGCCGGCCCACGAGGAGAACGUGCGCUUCAUCUACGAGGCCUGGCAGUGCGUGGAGCGCGACCUGCGCAGUCAGAUGGGCUCCGAGCGCGGCCUGGUCGAGGAGUACGUGGAGAAGAUGCCGAACCCCAGCCUGAAAGCGUUUAAACCCGUCGAUCUGAGCGACCUGAAGCGGAGGAACACACAAGACGCAAAGAAGUCGUAAGGCAGGUCCUCCGCUCGUCGGCUGGUCUUUAAAGUCCUCAAGCAGAUUUAAGUUGAGAUUUUGUGUUAUUUCCUCCUCUGGUUACUGUACUCCGCCCGUGGGAGAGCCGGUCAGCUCUGGGGCUGGCUUUGGAGCUACCUGAAUUCCACGAUGCUUAGGGGCUCACUGAAGCUAGACGGAGCCCUCUGUAAAAGAUUGCAGCCCCUGACCCACAGCUUCCUCAGGCCUCUGUGCUGCGAUCACCGGUCACUUGUUCUUCCAUCUCUAUCCCUGGUGUGCUGAGUAUUCAGGUUUCCUGGGUUCUGGUGCAGGGUAGGGCAGAGCACCCGUGCUGUCGGUAGAGGCAGUGCCAGCUCUCUGCUCCCUUCUGUUCACUGAGGGCUCAUGGGUUCUGGAGUGGACCAAGGGGAGAAGGAAGGAAACCUGGUGUUGGCCUGGUGCUGAGGGACACACUGGCAGCCCCAGUCCAGCAGUGGGCAGUUCAGCACCAUCGGGCAGCUCGCUGCUGCCACUUUGGCACUCUUUGCCUAUUCUUUGCUCCCUGGUUGGAUGGCUUAAUUUGUACCUAGUCUGCUAAUGCCCAGGACUCAUCAGUGUUGCCAAAGCUCUUUGGUUUACAUCCAAUGCCAGAUUUUCCUUGUGCUUAUAUUGGGCCAUAUCCUUGUAGUGCUGGUAGUGGAGCUGCUCCUCUUUCCCUGUGAGGGGGAGGGAGAGAGAGGCUCCAGCCCCAAACAUUUUGGAGAUGCUUUGAGCACGAGCACUGAGUUGUGCUCAGCCACCUCCCACCCUCAGCCUGGAAGGUGGUGGUGGGGGAGUGGCUAGCUCUGACUUAGGAUAAAAAAGCUCAUUUGCAUCCUUGCCUGAGCAACUCCUGCUGUUUGAGCACUAACACCACUUCCCAAACACGCACCCUUUGAAGAGACCUGUUGUCCACAGCUUGCAGUAGCAUUGUGUGCAGGCUGUGGUGGUCUGGUCUGACUUGCCCUGGAGGCUGGCUUUCUCUGGACCCUUGCUCCUGUCUAAUCAUUUCUGUGCAGGGAGGGUGACUGUGCCCUCGUGCCCGUGUGGGCAGAGCAGCUGUGGGGCUUCUCAGUGCCUCUGGGGGCGUGGGGAGCUGUGGGAACAACUUCCUGCCUGUGCUCAGAGCUGGCAGGGAAGGAGCUGCAGAGGCUCUGCCCAGCACGUGGUGGAUUCAGAGUGCAGGGGAGUUGUGGUUGCUGUUAACUUUCCUUCGUUGCGUCAUUGAGCUAUACUGUCCCUUUUUUUUUUUUUUCCUUUUUUUUUUUUUUUUUUUUUUCCUGUUGUCUGUCACUUGAGGAGUGUUGUAAAUAAAAGCUGGUGUUCUUUUGA